AUGAAUUUACCAAUUGAACCAACAAAAACACAACUUUCAUCUAAUUUAACAACAUCUCGUUCAAAAUCUAAUAGUAUUUCAUCAUCAUCUGCAAUAAAAAUUCGUCCAUGGAUACGUCAAGUUGAUAAACAUAUUUGGCGUGCUAUUGAUUUUUUACAUAUUAUUAUUAUGUUCUUUUCAUUUUAUACAGCUAUUAUUAUUGCCAUCUUACGAAAUGAAUUACUUGAACAAUGUCCAUUGUAUGCUAAACUUUAUCUUCUUGAUAAUGCAACACAUUUUUCUACCGAAACAAUCGAUCGACAAACUGUAUGGGGUGAUGUUUAUACAUGUGAAUUUGCAUCGUUUGCUUAUCUUUCUGCAUUUGUUCUUUCAUUUAUUUCACUUUGGAUUCAUAUUGCUUUUCGACGAGUUGUUCGAACAGAACGUUUAUUACGUUUACCUAUUGGAUUAUGUAUAUUAAUAUUUGCUUUAAUAACACUUAUUGCAACAGCAAUUGUUACUGAUGGUGUUAUUAAAUUUUGUUUAAAUAGUCAAACAAAUAUUUGUUCAUCAACAGGUGCAACAAUAUUUAGUCGAUCAAGAUGGAAAAUUCUUAGUUUACCUGUUGGUGGAUGGUUAACAACUUUAUCUAUACUAUUAAAUGUAUUUGUUCGUGGAAUUCAACUUUUUUCUAAACCAAAAAAAUCACCUGAAACAUUGAAAUUACUUCUUAAUCAAUUAAUGGCACAUCGACAUCAACUUAAAAAUGAAAAAGAGACUAGUGAACAUGAAUCUCAAAUUUCACGACAAUCAACAGAUAGAAGUCGUUCACAGUCUUUACAUCGAUAUCCUCCAAUGAAUUAUACUUAUAAUCGAGAAUUUUCUCCUGAACUUUAUCCAUAUUAUUAUCCUUCAAUUCCUCAAUAUCGUCAAAUAGAAAAACGUUCACGAUUUCAACGUAUAUGUUGUCCAUGUUUUCAUCGUUGUUGUCGUCGUCGUUCUCGUCCUCGUCCUCGUCCUCGUCCUCGUCAUCAAUCUUUUCAUGAAUCAUAUCGACCAUUUACUAUUCCAGAAGAAUAUUUUCAUCGUUUAAAUCAUCUUAAACAAAAUGGAACAGUUCCAACAAAUUUAUGUUAUCGUCAUUCAAUGUAUUAUCCUGUUGAACAACAAACACAAACAGAUUUAAUUUCAGAACGAAAAAGUAUGGAUGAAACAAGUGAAAUACCAUUUAUAGGACGACGUCGAAGUUCAGUUCGAUUUGAAGAUGAAAUACCAUUAGUUAAAAUUCCUGAUGAAUCAUCAACAUCAUCAAAAAUUGAAACUAGUUCCAUUAAGAAUGAAGAAAAUGAAGAAACAAUAAAUCCAAUAAUAUCUGAUAAUCAUCUUGAACGAAAUGUAUCAUUUCGUAAUAAUGAAGAUGAUCUUUGGACAACUAUUACAAUUAAUACAGAACAAUCUGUACCUAUUCAAUCAAGUCAUUUCAAUAGAGUAUCUUUAGAAAAUUUAUCUAUUGUUGAUACAUCUAUGUCAAAUUGUAAUAAUUGUAUCACUUCUAUUCAUAUUAAUAGCAAACCUUCUGAAUCAAUAUCAUCUGAAAGUGUUGAACAAGAUAUUAUAUCUCCAUCUGAACCAUAUUUAAAAGCAAAACAACAUCGUUCUCCAAUAAUAAAUCGUUAUAAAUCACUUCCAUCAUCUUCUUCACGAUCUGAUACACCAUCAAGUGAAGAUGAUAUUGAUUUACAUAAUAUAAAACCUGUUGAAGAAAUUCAUGCUAUUGUAACAGAUAAAUAUAAUUAUAAUAAUCUAUCACAAGCAUUAAAAUCUAAUGUUGAACGUUUAAAAAAUACUUUUACUCAUGUUCAAGAAAAUCAAUCUCAUUAUGAUAAACCAAAAAAUAUUCGUACAACAUUAUCAUCAAAAUCUUUUCAAAAUUCUAAUAUUAAAAAUCAUUCGAGUGAUUGUUAA